GAACAGUCCAAGAGUAAAACAUUACAACUGCAGAAUCUUAACUAGAAGAAAAUAAGUAGUCCCAGAAGACUGUGAGCUCUCCUAACAUGAUGCCUACAGCUAAAUGCAUGUCCCAAAUGAUACCCAAUCGCGUCCUGAGAGUGGGUCAAACUAUCCGUCUGGACUCGGGGCCGCAGGAGACAGUCAAUCAACAUCCCAGUCUCACGGAGCCCAGCAGUAACCAUGGUGAUCCUGAUCUUGAUAUUUCCCUGGAUAAUCUCAACCAGCUCAUCCUGGAACUGGAUCCGACAUUUGAACCUUUUGACGUCAACAAAAGUCCUUUGUGCAUCAGCCCUCCCACAGACGACUCAGAUGAAGAUGUCUCCCACUGCGUGUUGGUCCCUAGGGGGUGUUCUCCCUGCUCCCUGCCCACUGUGGUCCCAUCUGUGUCAGCCAGUAUACCCAUCCCUACAUACAGCAGUGUCCGCUGCAGUCCCCAUGGCACACUGGUGUUCUCCAGCUCCCCUACAUCCUCUCUGCCUCCGCUGCCAUGUGGCAGUGGAGCCCGACGAAAUCCGUCAGCGAAACAUGACGCAGCCUUUUCCCAAGGAUCCAUGCGCCUGUCACCCUCCAACAGAAACAGUGGCGUCUCGCUACUCUCCAUGUCAACAUGCUCAGACACCAGCUACAUCCUUGGCAGCAACCUGUCCUUGGCCAGUGAAGACGCUGACUUUCAAGACUUCUUCCUCACUCACACGUCCGGCUCCUUUAGCGAUGGGUCCAGAACUACAGCAUUUGAGAACAGGCACAGCCCAGACAAGCCCCUGCUGUUCAAGCGAGGACACCUGCAGGAGCUUCAAGGCAAAGGAGCACAGAAAAGUCCUGCUUUACUCUCUCGGUCUUUGAGCGAUAUUCCUGUACUGCUAGUCAACGGUGAACCACAGCUGGAUCUGCACAUCCAGUCGCCUGGACAAGAAGUUGAUUUAAUGCAGACCGUCCACGUGUCUAACUCAAAGCCAUUUUCUCCUCACAGUUUCCAAGCCCGUUUUAAUGGCAGCCAGCCCUCAAUGAAGUUCGUCAUGGACACUUCAAAGUUUUGGUUCCGUCCACAUUUCAACAGAGCAGAAGCUGAAGCUCUGGUAAAGAACAAGGAAGUAGGAGCAUUUGUUGUGAGAGACAGCACCUCCCACAGAGGCAGUUUUGGUCUGGCUAUGAAGGUGGACCAAACGGCCACCAACAUCACUGCUACCACCAACCCAGGAGAGAGCAGCUCAGAUCUCAUCAGACACUUCCUUAUUGAAUCAUCAGCUAAGGGCGUACGUAUCAAAGGCUCUUCUCAGGAACCGUACUUUGGUAGCCUCUCUGCCCUGGUCUACCAGCACACUAUUUCUGCCUAUGCUUUACCCUGCAAAUUACUGCUCCACUCCAGAGAUCUGGGCGCAGCAGAGGAGAGCGCAAAUCACAAACCAGCAUCAGAGGACAAGAGUAGAACAGCUCGCAAUUUUGUCUAUCUGAAUGCUGUCCACACUGAGAUGCUGACGGGCCCAUGUGCAGUGCAGAAAGCGGUGUGCUCUACACUUGAGAAGGCCCCGGGUUCCUUCAUACCAACCAUAGUCAACCUGAAGGUGUCUUUGAAGGGUGUCACACUGACAGAUAUCAACAGGAAACUCUUCUUCAGACGCCAUUACCCUGCUCACCUGCUGAGCUACAGUGGUGAAGAUCCAGACAAUCGACUGUGGUUGAAAGGUUCCAGUUUUGGUGCAAGGAUGUUUGGCUUCGUGGCGAAAGGUGUGGAGGCUGGCAUGGAGAAUGUAUGCCACGUCUUUGCAGAAUAUGACCCUCUGCAGUCUUGCAACAAAGUUAUUGAGGUUAUUCAGGCUGCCAUAGCCAAGCCUUAGACACACAAGGACGGAGACAACAUGAUCUUAAGACCUCACCAACACUGUCUGUCUUACACUGUACUUUUCUCAAGUAACCUGUCCAAUAUGGUGGUCAUCGUAAGUCUCUGCUGCUGUUAUUAAACUGGAUAAAUUACUGUUUCUGCCAAACACAAUACCAUCAAAAUUGAUUUAGAAGCGCUUUGGACGAUCCCGACUCGUACCACGGUCACCUGAUUAAAGUCAUAUUGAAAAGACAGAUGGAACUGUAUAUACAUAUAUGAAGAUGUACAAGACUGAACAGCUGUCAAGCAAGAACAUAACAGACAAGGAACCAGCAACAUAUGAUUGUAAUUAAAUGGCACACUGCUACUGUUAAAAUAAUGUCCAACCAGUUUGUAAAUAUGUUAAAACAAAUUAAACAAUAUUUAUGUAAUUCUUGAUAUAUGAAGCUCCCAAAAAAUAUUUCAGUGUAAAAUGUUGUAGAAAAUAUUGUAGAAAAUGCUAGAAACCAACACCUACAUAGAGGUUAGGGUAUGGUUAACUCAUUUGUGUAAUCUGAUGUUGAAUCUGCACUAGGCGAUUAAUUAUAGUGAUUUGAUAUGAGGGAUUUUGAAGGUUCUGUUAAUAGAUAGAAGAAAAACUGAACAAUUGUCACGUCCUUUCAUUUCAAAGCAGAAAUGUUACAUAUACCCUAGUUGUAUUGUUCAGAAUAUUUAUUAUGCGGCACUGUAAACAAUUUCUUCUCUGUAUAUUCAUGUUUUUUUUUUUCAAUUGUUAUGAUGAGAAAUAAA